GAAGAGGAAGAAAGGAGGUCUCUUGCUAGAGCCAGAUGGGAAGGAGGAAGAAAAUAAUGAACAGAAUGAAGAGGAGCAGAAAGAAGAGGAAGUGGAUACUGUAGAGCAGGAGGAAAGAAGCAGAGAAGAAGAAGAAAAAAAGAAAGAGGAUGCUCUUUGGGCCAGUUUCCUUAGUGAUGUAGGACAGAAACCCAAAGCUGCCACACCAAUGAUACAAGCCAAGAAGGCUGAAGAAGAGAAGAAUGGGAAUAAGCUUCAGGAGAAGCCAAAAGAUUCAGGAAAAGUGACAAUCACCAAAACAUUCGAUUUUGCUGGUGAGGAAAUCAAAGUGACUAAAGAAGUGGACUCAAACUCAAAAGAAGCUAAAUCUUUUCUGAAGCAGCAAGAGAAACUGCAGUCAGCAGCUCCGCUUUCCCUCCCAACAGUCUCUGGGGUGAAGAGGCCAAGCGGUAUGAGUAGCCUCUUGGGGAAGAUCGGUGCCAAAAAGCAGAAGAUGAGCACACUGGAGAAAUCUAAACUGGACUGGGAGAACUUCAAGGAGGAGGAGGGGAUUGUGGAGGAGCUGGCAAUCCACAACCGAGGGAAAGACGGGUACAUUGAGAAGAAAGCGUUCCUGGAGCGUGUGGAUCACAGGCAGUUCGAAAUCGAACGUGACAUCAGACUCAGCAGGAUGAAGCCCUGAUGUGCCGCAGGUGGCCGCAGGGGAUCCUGCUCCCUUCUGUGCCCGAGGGCUGGCUGGGCACUGCUGGCCACCCACGGACCACCAAGCAUGGAGACUGUUCUCUACCCAGGACUCAGCCUGUAUGUCUCAGUGUACAGGUUUUUUCUUUUACUGUAAUAGUUUGGGGAGGGUAUUCGUCAGUGGGCAGGGAGCACUGUGAAGGUUAAAUGGCCCAGCAGGUGACAGAAGACACCGGCAUGAUUCUGGCAGCAGCUUUUCAAGGCCAAGAGGUGGUGACACCCAUCCUUUGCCAACCCCAGGUGCUUCUGGUAGCAGGGGGAGCUGCCAAGGCUGGGAGGGUGCUGCCCUGUUUGGUGGUGAGAGCUGCGGGAAGGUUUCGCGGCUGCUGUGCGUGCACAAGCUGUAGGCUGGAGCCCUUUUCCUGGCUCUGCCAGCCCCGCAGCACUCCCUGCCCCUCCGCCCUCUGCUCCUGUCCAGACAAAGCUGAACUGUCUGUACUUGUUUGUGGGGUCUGAUGAUGCUGGGGGGGUUUAAGCAAGCUGAUGAAGAAAUCCUUCCUUGUUCAUGCUGUCAAGAAGAUGGGAGCAGCUGCAGCAGGCAGGAAGGGCCAGGAUCUGAGUGUUCACUUGAAUAAAGUAUUCCAUCCCAACA